AUGUCCACAACCCUCACGAAAAAGCAGCAGAAGGCUCUCGCCUUCCGUAGCAAACAAAAGGCCAAAAAGUCCGGUACCGAAGUUCCUGAAGAUUUGCCAGAGCAAGAUCUGGACGACAACGAUGAGAACGAGCAGCCCGAGGUAGUGGUCAAGGCAAACGAGAAAGAGAAGAGCGCCGGCAAGAGAAAGCGCGACGACGAAGAAGAGAAGGAACCAUCAGCAGACGACGAGGAUACCACUACGAAGCCAGAGGAUAAGGGCAAGGGCAAGGAAACGAAGAAGAGAAAGACGGCUUGGGACGAAGAGGAAGAGGGGAAGAAGAACAAGGGGAGGAAGGAUGCCAAGCAACGCUUCAUUCUCUUUAUCGGCAACUUGACUUUCAAGACGACGCGUGAGGAAAUACAAAAACACUUUGAGCCUGCUGUUGGCCAUCUUCCUUCUGUCCGUCUCCUGACGACUAAAGCCACCCCCACCCAACCUUCCAAAUCCCGAGGAAUUGCCUUCCUUGAGGUCCCCUCCUCCACAGCUAUGCAAGCCUGCCUCAAACUUCACCACACCACCAUCAAUGCUCGUACAAUCAACGUCGAGCUCACAGCAGGUGGUGGUGGUGCGGGUGAGGAAAGGAAGAAGAAGCUCGAUGAGAGGAAUCAGAGGGUUGGAACGCAAAGAGAGAAGAAGGCGGAGAAGGAGCGGGAACUCAAUGGUGGUGAAGACCCAGCGCCUGUGGAACAGCCUAUGGCCGAUGGCAAGAAGACGCGGGGUGGCAGGCGAGUCAGGGCUAAAGCCGGAGACCAGGCAUCCGGAGAUGCUUCCUCGAGGCCAUACCAGCAAUCGAGUGGAGGUUAUGGCAGAGCUGGUCAAGGGGGACCUCAGCAGAACGGCCGUGGACCCUACCAAAAGAAGAAGUGGGAGCCUACGGGAUCCAACUUUAUCACUGUGGCGAAACGACAAUAG